UGAAACUCACAUUCCAUUUCAAGCCACCAUUCCAUCUCGAUUUAUGACAGCUCAAAACAUUUGAUAUUUUCCUAUACAAUUUACCAUAAGUCUAAAUAUAUUAAUUUACGGUGUUAUUUUCAAUACAAAAAUGUCCGAUUUAAAUGGAUGGAAGACAAACAUAAAAUAGAGUUAUUUCAGAACCGUUUAUGUUUAGACAAAUUAUAUUAUUUGUAAGUGGAGAAGGCUAGUAAGCGUCACGAUGUCUUUUAUAACAAAAAGAGAGCGCGUAUUCCAAAACUUGGAGUUGUGUGACUUACCUCCGAGAAAUGAGGGGAAGUUAAAGACGCAUGCGUCUUGCACGGACGCCAGAGCAUGGUCACAUUUCGGAUCCUCGAAGACGGAACACCUUACAGAACUGAUAAGACGGAAUAACGCUCUCUCAGCGCCAGUAAAGUAUGUGCCUAUGAAAGUGAUUGUUGACACGCUCAUGGCAACUAAGAACUUGGAGAUAGGCAGGCUAAAACGCAAGAUUGACGAGUUCGAGCAAAUGUUAGCUGCUUAUGAUGUACUGGAUCUAGAUUGUGGACAAAAAUGUGAAAUCGCAAAAGCACAUGCAGCCAUCAAAGAAGCUAAUAAGGACCUUGACGAAUUGUGUUUGAACCUGGAUAUCUCAAACUUUACAGAUGGCUUCGAGUCAGACUCGUUUGAGACUGGGAAGUCCAAAAGCUCUAUUAAAUCGAAAGGAGCUGAAUCUGACCGAUCGCGUGGAGAUGCCUGGACUAUGAUGCUCGACAAAGAUUUGGCGACGCAAGGCAACCAGACGUCCCUAGUGUGCCCAUGCGACGCGGGCGUAUCUGUAGAAGACCCAAGAAUAGACGAAAUGACAGAACAAAUUAUAUCAAAAGAUGCUAAGUUGAACGCCAUGCGUAACACAUUAGCGAUGUUGGAAAAUGAUAUCUGCGAGCCAUUUGGCAUUUAUGCGCACAUCUACACGGCAUUAGAGAAAAUCUUCGGGGUUCUAUCACAAAACUCUAAGUACAGACAAUAUCUUAACCUCAUGACAGCUGGCAAGGACAUUCGCUGCAUGGACAUAAAAGGGAAAAUACUGUUUAAGAUGAAGGUGCUUGAGAAGUUCUCCAUCGCGUUGAUUGCGCCGUGUUCGAAAGAAUUUCAAUGCACCAGCGGAAAAGACUGCCCUUGUUACUACGCCGACGUUAGCACAAAAAUGGAACACAACUAUCCAUUAACGCCAACUGAAUGCAUAAGUUCAGAUUCAACAAAAAGAUCCCAACUAGUAGCUGAUAUCAUGGAGCAUGACGAAAUGAAAGAAAUACUCAGCAAAGAAAGCACACCUGAUGAGAAUGCUGAUUCUGAUAGUGACACUGGCAAUCAGGGAAAUGACGUAGCUUCUAUUAUUAAUGAAGAGAACCAAAAACGUAUUAAAGAUCUUCAGGAAUGCUAUGAAGAUUUGUUGAACUGUUAUGAAAACAUAAAACAUGAAACUGAUUGCUUACGAGUACGAUGCGCAAAAUAUGAUGAUUUGGAAUUGGAAUUGGAACGUUUACGUGGUCAAUUAAAGGAAUAUAAUUCACUGUGGAAUGAGAAAGAACAUUACCGAAAACGAUCCGAAGAUUUAGAUAGCUUAAAACAACAAUAUAUAGUACUCGCAGAAGAAUCAUCUGAGUUAGAAACAAAAUUAAAGGCAGAAUCAGAAAUAAAUUAUAUAAAAGCUAAUGCGAUAGAUGAACUGAGAACUCAAAACAUGUCCAUCGAAAAAAAAUUAAAUGAAUUAUAUGUUUCGUUUGAAAAAGACAAAAAUAACCUACAAUGCCAACUACAGGAAUCUGAAUGUAAAUGUAUGUGCCAAGAUCAGCAGAUCAAAAGUUUAAGUUCACAAAUAGUGAAACUUCUUGAACAACAGCCUGAAAAUAUACCUCUUCAAGAUACUUCACUUUCUAAAGAAAACGAGUCAUUAAAAGAUCAACUAAAACAAUAUCAGGAUAUAGAAUACGAAUUUCAGGAUAAAAUAUCUCGUAUUAACGAGUUGGAAGCGGAAAUCGAAAAAUGGAGAGCCGCGUACGAAGACUUGUUUAAACAGAAUCAGCAAUAUGAAGAUUAUAUCGAUAGCUUCCAAAAGGAAAAAGAUAGACUAAUGAAGGAAAACAGCGAAUUACGAGAAGAAAUUAAGGAUAAGUCCGAUGCCGUUGAAAAUCUUAUGGGCGUGAUUAAAAUAAAGUCUUUAGAAAUACAUAAAUUGACAGAUGAAAACCGAAAUGUCUGCAGUCAACUUGAAUUGUUGGGUGAAAAAUAUAAAGAUCAGGUAAACGUAUCACGACAAGAGAGUCAGGAAUUACUCAGAAAGGUCAAAGACUACGAUGACUUUGUUCAAAAACAAGAAGAUCUAUCAAAUGAUAUAGAAGAGAAAAUGCGUGAAUAUGAAACCUUGAAAAUACUAUUGAAGGCAAAACUGGAUGAAAACGAAAAGCUUAAAAGUGAAUUGAAUCACCUGCAAAAUGAAGAUGCCUGUAAUAAAAAAUCCAUAGAAAUUUCUAAAAGAGAGAGCUCCUUAAUGAAGACAAAAUUAUCCGAACUAGAAGAUAUUUCUCAACAAUUUAUAAAUUUAAAACAUGCAUUUGAACAAUUAAUUACAGAGAAAAAUGGGCUGGAAAAAGAAUUAAGAAAAAAAGCUUCUCAACUUGAAAGUGCAAUAUACUCAAUAAAGCUGAAUAAAAAAGAAAGUGGUGAACUUUUAAAGAAAUCUGAGUCUAUCCAAGAAGAGUUAACAAGACUCCAUUCGAACAACGAUCUAUUAAAACAGCAAAUUAAUCAACUGCAGGAAGAAAACAAGGCGUUGAAAAUUGAAUCUGAAAGACUUUCUAAUCUUGAACACGAAUUAUCGGAUUUGAAGAAAGCCAUAGCUGAAUUAUUGAAAGAAAAGGCAGAGUUGGAGCAUAGUUUAAAAAUAAAAGAACAAGAACUUAACCAUAUGCAUGAUAUUUUAGACGGUAAAAUAGAAGAAAACAAAUCGUUGAUGAAAGAGCUCGAUACUUUAAAAUCUCAUCACUUACAAGUAACUAAUAAUAUAAAAACAUUAGAAAAUGAAAAUGAACUACAUCACACUGAACUGGAUAGAUACAGGAGAGAAAGUUCUGUUUUAAUUGAAAAAAUGCAAUUUCACAACGAAUUAGAAAACGAACUUCUAAACUUAAAAACUGAUCAUGACGCGAUAAAAUUAGAAAAAGAUAGAUUGCAGAAAGAAUUAGAUGCACAGUUAUUAGAUUUCCAAAAAAUACAAGAAGAGAAGAGGGAGCUGCAGAGCAGAACUGACGAGCUUUUGACCCACAACAAUGAUCUAGAGAAGGUGUUAGUCAAUACACGGAAUGAGCUUAUGCAAUCCAGCUCCGCAGAAUAUAAACCCCUAGCUGACUUAAAAGAAGAAAUCCAAAAAUUGAGAAUUGAUAAAAGUGAUGCUCAAAAGGAAAUUAGGGAGUUGCUGCAUAAAUUGGACGAAUCGGAACAAGUGAUUUUGAACUACGAAGAUGAGAUAAACGCGCGCGACCACAAGAUAGCGACUAUGCAGAAUAUUAUCAACUCUUUGCAAGACGAAGUGCAAAAGCUGCAGUACCUUCUAGAGCAAGCCCUCGAUGCUGGCAAUGACAUUAAAAACACAAAUCUUAGCAUUGAGCAAACACGCAAGCAGAUAGAGGCACAUCAUUCUAAAGCAUCGCACAAUUUGAAGUUGGAAUUAGCAGUCCUUCAGCGAAGUAAAUCAAAAAUAGAAGACCAAUUAUCCAUUACAAAAUCGCAGUAUGAACUAUCAUCUAAAAAUAAGCAAAACUAUUUAUCUGAAAUUGAAGAUUUAAAGAAUGAUCGAGAGAUAAUAGUUACUGACAUUAAACAACUGGAAAUAUUUAGCGUUGGUGACAGUGAACUAAAUCCAGAUGAUUGUGAAAUAGAACGCAUUUUACAUUCGAUUGAUAGAAUUAAAAGAGCUUUCGAGGCAAGACAUGCAAAAACAUUAUCCUUAGAACAAACGAUAGCUAAAGUACAAGCUUCAUCUCAGUUGGUAUUAAACAAAGCCGACGAAGCUAAGACAUACUUCGAAAAUGAGAAGCAAAGCAUACUAAAUGAAAAAGAAAAUGUAAUACAAGAAAAAAAUAGUUUGGAAGAACAAUUAGUUGACCUGAAAAAUGAAUUAAAUAAGCAAAUAUCGCAAGAUGGGAAAAUAAUCAAUGAUUUACGUGUUGAAAUGUCAAACCAACAACUUCUUUUUGAUAAAAUUCAUGAUUCCACAGAAAAAUAUACCAAGACUCUGAGAGAGGAGAUUCAGUCCCUUAAAGAUUUAUAUCAGGACGCUCUUUCUAAUAUAAGUGAAUUACAAGAAAAACUUAACAAAAGUAUGGCUGAGAAUGAUGAAAAAGACAGUAUUAUACAAAAUAUUAUCGCUGAAUUAGAAAGUAAAACUAAAGAGAUUUCUGAAAUCAAAUUAAAUUUUGAUAAUUUGGCCAAAGACCAAUUGACCAAUAAAGCUUCACAAAAAAGAGAUUCAGAUAAUUACAAAGAUGUUUCAUCGCAGACAGAUAAUGUGCAGCAUCACUCAUUCUUUGAUUUAGCUGGUUCUACAACAAAAAGUUCAGAUGAAAUGGCUCAAUAUGAUUUGACAAAAAUAAAUAAAUCUGGACAUAGGGAUUCUAUCAAACCAAUGUAUGACUUUUUACCUCAACAUAAACCCCCAUUAGUUAAUGAGGUCCAAAUUUUAGCAGUUGAAACCACGCCGACGUUUGAUUUUGUCAGGACCAGUUAUUUAGAUUAUAAAAUCAAACGACUUGGUCCAGGAUUAGUAGAACAUCAUUCAAUACUUCCCGUAUCGGCAAGUAUUACUUCAUUCGUUGAUGUAUCACAUGAGAUGAAUAAUAAAUUCUCCGAGUCUAAUGAUUCUUAUAACACACAAGAUGUAGAGAUUCGCAAGAGUUAUGAAGGUUUGGUCGAUAUCUAUCACAGUCCGUCGGAUGGUAUAAAAACUUCAUCUAAAUUGAUUGGUAUCAGUAGUCAAAACCAAAAUUCAUUACAAACUUACGGGCAAACAAGCGAUGGAGUUUAUCCAAAUAAGAACAGUAAUAUUUACAUAAGUGAGGUAGUUAAACCCACUGAAAAUUAUAGUGAGCUUCACACAACAGCGAAACCUCAAAAUGAAAAGCAUGUAGAUGUAGCUGGGAAGAAAAGUGACAAUAGCGAAAGAAAACAUGUAAAAGCAAAUGUAAAAUUUGAGAGUAGUAGUACUAUUUCAUUACAUUCAAAUAAAAAAGAAACUGAUGAAACAAAAUUGAAACUAAAGAUUAAUCUACCUCGAGUAGCAGUUGAGAGUAAUUCUUAUGUAACUACUACAGACAAUGAUAAUAAUUCUUUAUAUUCUUCUACUUUGGAUACUUAUAGUCAUUCAAUACAAGAAUCCUUAUCCGAUUCAAAGGUACACAUUCCGUCUUCUGGCGAACACGAUACUAAAUCUGAAACAACAUCACUACCAACGAUUUCAUAUGCUGACGACUUAUACAUGAGGUCACGCAGUUUUAUAGAAAUACCCUCCAAAGAUUCAUCAGCACGUAAAUCUAGCAGUUCAUCAGACAGUAGAAUACCUGCUGAUAAAACAAAUGAUAGUCCGGGUCAAUUUAUUGUUUACGAAGACCGUAAAGUGAGAGUGACAAAGCCACAACAAAUUUUCACGUUUGUGGAAAAACUACAAAAAACUGGUUUCAAAAAUGAUGAAGCAUCAUUCCGUUUUAUAGCCGAUGAUGAAAAUGACCCAUCUACUGGCAAAACAUCAGAACACAAUGUUAGCUUUAGUAAAUCUGACGAUAGUAUAGACCUUCAUUUGCUAAAAUCAAAGCGUAGAGUCAAAACUAGCAAUGUGCCACAAAAAGAAAUUGUAUAUGAUGAUCCUUUAGAAGGCUUAGUGUCCCGUGAAACUAACAAAGAUUAUUUGGCAACUGAGAAAAAAAGGAAAGAACAUAGUAGCAAAAUACCACAGCAAAAACUUGCACUAAGCGGAAAUGAUAAACCACAUCACAAGGGUCGCUUAGUAUCUGAUAAGAAACCCAAAACAAAGAGUGGCAACGUGGGCCCUGAUGUUAGCUUUGGUUAUUUAAAAGAGAAAACAAAAAGUAGUUCUAACAUGGGUGAUGAUGGUAAUAAUGAUAACAGCGUACAAGAAAGGCGUAGUGAUCAUGAUGCACUUACGUAUAUUUUGGAUUCAUUGAAGCCUGAUCCUGCAGAAAAUUCAGGUAGUUAUUUAUUCUCAACUAUGAGUGACGAAAGAUAUGCCAAUAACAGGAUUCAGCCAUGGAUAUCGCUUACUAAAAACGAAUUUACUAGUGAAGAUAAAAAAAGUCGUCCAAAAUCCCACGAUCAAAGCGUAAUGGUAAACUUAGAUACAAAUAAAUUAUAUGAAGAAGUUAUAACUGGUUUAAGGAAAUCUGUAGAAGACGCAGAAAAAGACCAUAAACUGCAGAUUGAAGCAAUAAAAAUACAGUACGAUAGGCACAUAAAAAAUAUAAUGAACGAGCACAAUCAUGGUGUUAAGAGUAUACAGAGUAUUCAUGAAGAAACUUUGCGCGAUAUUGUGAGAGUUCAUGAAAAUGAAGUUGAAAAUUUAAGAACAAUGAGCAUAGAAGCAAUGCGCAAAGCCGAAAAGCUUGAAAAAGAAUGUAUGUCACUUAAACCAAAAAUGAGUCUAUAUAGCUCUACAUUACCUGAGAUACCAUCUAAAUGCGAAGGUUUUGAAGUCUCAAAACAGAGGACAAAACAAUCUGACACAAAGGUGCUUACCAAGACCGCCCUUGAAGCGUUCGACGUGAAGCCUAAAAUGCGGGCAACGGGUCCUUGCACCUGUACCUUAGACAUCAACAUUUCGGACACGAUCCGGAACAUAUUCCAGCAAGUCGAUGUCGAGCAGAGGAAACUGGCUGAGUCAACUUACCUGAAAUAUAUUUCUACGAAGAUCACAAAUGGUUAUAUAGAUGCUCUGGAUACUCAAGAGCUGUCAUUCCUGCAUCUAAAAGUGUGUCGUAUUUGGAAACAGAAGCUUAACAAGGAAGAAACACUUCAGAAGAAACUUGAUUCUUUAGAAGUUGAAUUAAUUAAGAAACAGAAAUUUGCGCAACAACAUAUGGCCGAAUUAGAUCGUAAAGUGGCCCAAGAGAAGCGGCGGCUCGAAGAAGUGAGAGAAGCGGUAUGCAGAAGCACGCCUGCUAAUUUGUCCGAGGUGAAGCCGCUGCCGAUACGAGAGACUCCAGAGAAUAACUGCAGUUGUCCCUGUAACGUCGAGCACCAGUUGGCGGAGCGGCGGUCGGCUGGAGACCUCAUGACCGCAGCAACCGGGUCAAGAAGCCCACGGGCAAGAAGGAAGGAGCAAAGGGGUGUAAUGUUAAGAACGGACGCCGAGGAGAGGCGAGACCGGAGACUGUACACGGACGAGCCACCUACGAGGCUGCGGCGGCAGCACGACCGGCCGCCGCGGCUGACGAAGAAGUAAUCAUACUUUCAUAUCAUACUUACUGCCCUGCUAGCGGAAAAGGUGGCUAUUCAUAGACCAAGAUUUAUUUAUUUAUUUACUUAUUUAAGUUCUAAACUAACUACAAAUAUGCUGAAAAUAAAAUAGAGAGCCGGUACUUUACAUUUGUGUGGCA